AUGACUUUGAAAUUUGUAAGUUUAAAAUGUUGGUUACUUUUAAUAUGUUGCGCCAUCAACUCUGCAUGUGGGGACAAUGCAUGUUCCAAUUGCUUUCCACAUGGCGAGUGCCAAACUAACAGAGAGGGUUGGGCAGCCCCUCCGCAUGCCAUUGGCGACAAGUCAUUGGUUGCAAGAACUGGUCCAUAUGGCUACAUCGAUCAUGGCAGAUUAGAACAUUGCAUCAAUGCCGAAUAUCGACUAACAGGUGAUGUCUUCGACUACAUUUGCUUUUGGAAUAAACCACACAAAUGUGAAGCUGUUGUGCCCCAUUACAAGUUGCAAAAUAGAGAAUUGAUGAAGCGCAUCUGCAGUGAUUGUGCCAAAUAUUGCGCUUGCAACAAUGCACCCACAUCUUCCCACUUGGAUCGCAGAUAUAUUCUAUUUGUAUGCUUUGUUGUGACCAUCAGCAUUGUUGUGUAUUGAUUAAAGCAAUUGGAAAUGCAGCUCAA